AUGUCGCCAGAGGAGUGGACGUAUCUAGUGGUUCUUCUUAUCUCCAUCCCCAUCGGCUUCCUCUUUAAGAAAGCUGGACCUGGGCUGAAGAGAUGGGGGGCAGCAGCGGUGGGCCUGGGGCUCACCUUGUUCACGUGUGGCCCCCACACUUUGCACUCCCUGAUCACCAUCCUUGGGACCUGGGCCCUCAUUCAGGCCCAGCCCUGCUCCUGCCACGCCCUGGCCCUGGCCUGGACCUUCUCCUACCUCCUGUUCUUCCGCGGGCUCGGCCUGCUGGGCCUGCCCACCCCCACGCCCUUCACCAACGCCGUCCAGCUGCUGCUCACACUGAAGCUGGUGAGCCUGGCCAGUGAGGUGCAGGACCUGCACCUGGCCCAGAGGAAGGAGAUGGCAGCGGGCUUCAGCCAGGGGCCCAGCCUGGGGCUGCUGCCCUACAUCCCCUCUCUGCUGGAGACCCUCAGCUACAGCUACUGCUACGUGGGGAUCAUGACCGGCCCGUUCUUCCGCUACCGCACGUACCUGGACUGGCUGGAGCAGCCGUUCCCGGGCGCCGUGCCCAGCCUGCGGCCCCUGCUGCGCCGCGCCUGGCCGGCGCCGCUCUUCGGGCUGCUCUUCCUGCUGUCCUCGCACCUCUUCCCGCUGGAGGCCGUGCGCGAGGACGCCUUCUACGCGCGCCCGCUGCCCGCCCGCCUCUUCUACAUGGUCCCCGUCUUCUUCGCCUUCCGCAUGCGCUUCUACGUGGCCUGGAUCGCCGCCGAGUGCGGCUGCAUUGCCGCCGGCUUCGGGGCCUACCCCGCGGCCGCCAAAGCCCGGGCUGGGGGCGGCCCCACCCUCCCGUGCCCACCCCCCAGCAGUCCGGAGGAGGCGGCUGCCCUGGAGUACGACUACGAGACCAUCCGCAACAUCGACUGCUACCGCACAGACUUCUGCACGCGGGUGCGGGAGGGCAUGCGGUACUGGAACAUGACGGUGCAGUGGUGGCUGGCGCAGUACAUCUACAAGAGUGCGCCCACCCGCUCCUACGUCCUCAGGAGCGCCUGGACCAUGCUGCUGAGCGCCUACUGGCACGGCCUGCACCCCGGCUACUACCUGAGCUUCCUGACCAUCCCGCUGUGCCUGGCGGCCGAGGGCCGGCUGGAGGCGGCGCUGCGCUGGCGGCUGGGCCCGGGCGGCCAGCAGGCCUGGGACUGGGCGCACUGGUUCCUCAAGAUGCGCGCCUACGACUACAUGUGCAUGGGCUUCGUGCUGCUCUCCCUGGGCGACACCCUGCGCUACUGGGCCUCCGUCUACUUCUGCAUCCACGUGCUGGCGCUGGCCGCGCUGGGCCUGGGGCUGGCCCUGGGGGCGGGCGGCCCCGGCCGGCGGAAGGCAGAGCCCCAGGCCGCCGGCCUCGCCCCCGAGAAGCUGCGGGAGGAGUGA